AAGGCGGCGAUAUUUACCGUAAUCAGAGUGGACCAGGCGGUAGGAUUUACGGUGGAACCAGCACGGCUGCAGUACUUACGGUAACGAGGGUCGGCCCUGGCGGCGGUAUUUACGGUAACGGGGGGCCGGCCCCGGUGGCGGCUUUUACGGUAACGGGGGACGGCCCGGAAGGCGGUAUUUACGGUAACGGGGGCCGGGCUCGUGGAGGCCCGUCGGCGCGGCGGGCUCGCCGCGUUAUCAGGUGAUCUCCAGCCCGGGCGGCUGCCACCCCCUGCACCCGGCGGAAAAUGCAAAAUGGCCCUCCGGGACAGUGAGGGGCCGUGGCCCUCGGCCCGUGCCCGCCGCACCCCCAGCCCGCAGCCUGCGGGCGGUAGCGCCGCGCCGGGUGCGGGUGCAGCCCCCUCCCGCCCCUCCGCGGGGGCCCCGGCCUGAGCCCCUCGCGCCCCGCGCCCUCGCGCCCACAUGGGUCUGUGCUACAGUCUGCGGCCGCUGCUCUUCGGGGACCCGGAGGACGUCCCCCACGCCGCCUCGGAAGCGCCUGCGGAGGACGCGCGGCCCGGCCCGGUGCCGGCCCCGACCCCGGCCUCGGCCCCGACCCCGGCCUCGGCCCCGACCCGGCUAGGGGGAGGCGCGGCUCAGACCCAGCUCCCUCGGGGCGCCGGCGAGAGCCCGGCGUGCACGCGGCCCAAAGCCGCCCCGAAGAAGGAGCGGCGACGGCGGCCGGAGCAGCUACGCGCGGAGGAGCGCGAGGCGGAGCGGGAGGCGAGGAAGGUCAGCAGGAACAUCGACCGCAUGCUCCGCGAGCAGAAGCGCGACCUGCAGCAGACGCACCGGCUCCUGCUGCUGGGCGCUGGUGAGUCGGGGAAAAGCACUAUCGUCAAACAAAUGAGGAUCCUGCAUGUCAAUGGAUUUAAUCCUGAGGAAAAGAAACAGAAAAUCCUGGACAUCCGGAAAAAUGUUAAAGACGCUAUUGUGACAAUUGUUUCUGCUAUGAGUACUAUCAUACCUCCAGUUCCACUGGCCAACCCAGAAAACCAGUUUCGAUCAGACUAUAUCAAGAGUAUAGCUCCUAUCACUGACUUUGAAUAUUCCCAGGAAUUCUUUGAUCACGUGAAGAAGCUUUGGGACGAUGAAGGCGUGAAGGCGUGCUUUGAGAGGUCCAACGAAUACCAGCUGAUAGACUGCGCACAAUACUUCCUGGAAAGAAUCGACAGUGUCAGUCUGGUGGACUACACACCCACAGACCAGGACCUUCUCAGAUGCCGAGUUCUGACAUCGGGGAUUUUUGAGACCCGAUUCCAAGUGGACAAAGUAAACUUUCACAUGUUUGAUGUCGGCGGCCAGAGGGACGAGAGAAGAAAAUGGAUCCAGUGCUUUAACGAUGUCACGGCUAUCAUUUAUGUUGCGGCCUGCAGCAGCUACAACAUGGUGAUUCGGGAAGAUAACAACACCAACAGGCUCAGAGAGUCCCUGGAUCUUUUCGAAAGCAUCUGGAACAACAGGUGGUUACGGACCAUUUCUAUCAUCUUGUUCUUGAACAAACAGGAUAUGCUGGCAGAAAAAGUCUUGGCGGGGAAAUCAAAAAUUGAAGAUUAUUUCCCAGAGUAUGCAAAUUAUACUGUUCCUGAAGAUGCAACACCAGAUGCAGGAGAAGAUCCCAAAGUUACAAGAGCCAAGUUCUUUAUCCGAGACCUGUUUUUGAGGAUCAGCACAGCGACAGGGGACGGCAAACAUUACUGCUACCCACACUUCACCUGUGCCGUGGACACCGAGAACAUUCGCAGAGUGUUCAAUGACUGCCGUGACAUCAUCCAGAGGAUGCACCUCAAACAGUAUGAACUCUUGUGAGGCAGCCCUGGGGCAGGUGGGUGCGCCUUCUGGCACCUUCUCUCCACCUGCCUCUCCUCCCUUGGCCACCCCACCAGGUGGAACAUUUAUUCCAGGAUUGUCUGUCAGCCCCAAGCCAUGGUAGAAAGUAGGGAGUUCCCGGUUUCAUCCAGCUGCCGCCCUGUCCUGUUCUGACCUGUGUGACCACCAAGCCUCUGGCUACCUCUGUUCCCCUCAGGUUUGGUUUGUAGCUUUCGUUUUCACUGAACACAACCUUCCACAGCCUCCCCACCCCCACCAAUUUGUGUCGCUGCAAACCAGCACUCUCACCUUGGGUGGUGCUGCAGUGAAACCCCUCUGGGUGAGGGCCCCUUUCAGUCAUCCAUUCAGUGAUUUCUUGAUUCGGCAGGAACUUGAUAAAGGGGGGAGAAAUGGCACUUUUUUCUGGCUUAUCAGGCAUGAUUGCAGUGGCAGGGGUAUGAGGCGGUGAGCCACAUGCGUGGGCAAGUGGCCACCUCUCCCAGGCUGCACUGGCCCAGGAGCGAGGCUAGACCCCAAGUCACAGGGUGGAGAGAAACCCGUCUCAAUCAUAUCUGAGUCGCUGCCAACCUCAGGCAUUAAGUUAGACCUACUCUGAGCAGACAACCUACUACAUUCACCACUGCAAAGUGUGUCCUGUCUACACAUGAUUCUCUAGAGUGUGAUAUGCUUGGACAAGAGUCUCCCUUCAUAUAUUGUUGUUGUUUUACUGCUGGUUUAUUAUAACUGUACAGACCACAAAAUGUAAUAUUAUUUUCUAUAAUUACUCAAAAAUCCUUGUAGAUCUUUGUGCCUCGAUCAGGCUGUAUCUGUAAAAGAAACGUGUUUUUAUCGUGCUGAACCGCUAAAUGUCAACAUUACCUUCUGCUUGCUCUAAAAAAGAGAAUGGUGUGUGUAGAAUUUAGGAUAUUCUUCAGGUUAGUGCUUUUAAAAAUAUCUUUGAUUAAAUAUAUAUAUGCAUAUAUAUAAA